AGCGCGUAACCGCGGCUCCGCACCGCCCGCCGGGUACCAGCGCUCUGCUUGUGCCCGCCGUGUCCCGUGGAGGGAAUCCUGGCCCUCUGCUGAAGCGAUCGAUCGUCAGAACUUGCUUUGAGCAGUUCUGUCACCUGCGGGCUGGUUGUGCUUGGGCUUUUCUGUUGCUCGUCCCCACGUGCUAUAAAUAGAAGAGGAAAAUGAGGUGCUGCUGUAGGAACUGGUCGUGAAGGUCGCGCAGUGCUGGUGCUCUGUCUGGCCGUAAUGCAGCUCUGCGGGUCGCUCCUCGCGAUCGGGACAUCGCCGGUGGUCGCUAACCUGCUUAGUGCUGCCUGCGAGCUCCUCCUCAGUUUCUUCCUUCAUUACCCUAUGCUUCUGGGUAACGAGGAUGCCGCUGAGGAAAUCCGCGUAUCGGUAUCGAAGUAGCGCUUCCUCAGGCUUUGAAGAACGAGAGGAAGAUAACAUGUGUUUGCAUUCUCUGCAGCCAAACAGGUGUCGCUUUCUGCGUGAGUAAGUUGCCCCGUAUUUGGGGAGGGAGCUGCGGGGUUGGAGCAUCCUUCUCCUUGCCUUGCUCGGUGAAAGGAGGCUCUGAGGAACAGGGCUGCAGGGACGUGCCCGGAGCCUCGGUGAUCGUCACUGUGCUGCCACCUGGUGCAGCUGCUCCCGUAGCGGGGUUAGCUGUCCUACCUCUGCCGUGGGAUGGAAGGGGAACGUGCGAGCAGCUCUGUCUAGAUGCAUCGAGGGAUGGUGCUCCAGAUACACCCACAUUUAAUCCUUCCUGGUUGUUUGUGAAAGAACCUCUUAAACCAAAAAAGUAACAGAUAUGAGAAAUGAGUGUUGGACGCAGAAGAUUAAAGCUGCUGGGAAUUCUGAUGAUGGUAAACAUUUUUAUCUAUGUGAUUGUGGAAGUCUCAAAAAGCAGCAGCCAAGACAAGAAUGCGGGAGGCGGUGUUAUUAUACCACAGAACAUUUUUUGGAGAAAAUUUAUUCCUCACAAAGCUUAUUGGAACAGGCAGCAGCAGAAACUUGAACUGUUGUACAACCCGAUUCUGAGUCUGCUUUCCAAUAUGACUGUGGAAGAGAACUUAAUUUUGAACUCGAGCAUUCUCAGUUCCUGCGACCCUGACCCGUGGGUGACUUCAGAGGUUAGCGACUUUGCAAGUUUGCCAGAAAGAUUCAAAGACUUUCUCCUCUAUUUGAGGUGUAGAAAUUACUCAUUAAUAAUGGAUCAGCCAAACAAGUGCAAACAUAAACCUUUUCUGCUGCUGGCCAUUAAGUCACUUAUACCACAUUUUGAUAGAAGGCAAGCCAUUAGGGAAUCCUGGGGCAAGGAAAUAAAAUCGGGAGAUAUAACGGUCAAAAGAGUCUUCUUACUUGGUCAGACCCCACCGGAGGAUCAUUUUCCUGACCUUUCAGACAUGGUAAAAUUUGAGAGCGAAACUCACAAAGACAUUCUCCUCUGGAACUACAGAGACACUUUCUUCAAUUUAACUCUGAAAGAGGUACUGUUUCUUAAGUGGGUGAGCAGCAGCUGUGCGGAUGUCCAGUUUAUUUUUAAGGGUGAUGAUGAUGUUUUUGUGAAUACCCAUCAGAUCCUGGAUUACUUGAAGAGUUUGUCGAAGGACAAAGCCAAAGACUUGUUUGUAGGUGAUGUGAUCAAAGAUGCUGGACCUCAUAGGGAAAAAAAGUUGAAGUACUACAUCCCAGAAAGUGUUUAUGAAGGUUCGUAUCCUCCGUAUGCAGGAGGCGGUGGGUUUCUGUACUCUGGUGACUUGGCAUUGAGACUGAACAAUGCGUCUGACCAGGUACUCCUGUAUCCUAUUGAUGAUGUUUAUACUGGAAUGUGCCUUCAGAAGCUUGGGCUUGCUCCGGAAAAACACAAAGGUUUCAAAACAUUUGAUAUUGAAGAGAAAUACAGAAACAACAUAUGUUCCUACACAAAUUUAAUGUUAGUGCAUAGUAGAAAUCCUCAAGAAAUGAUUAAGAUUUGGACAAGCUUGCAAGAUCCACACUUAAAUUGCUAAAGCAAUGUGCAUACAUACCUUAAGUCCAGAUAGCUUUCCAAGUUGGGGUCUGACUUUCUCGCUGAACCGUUGAAGCUCUGUUUAACAGUUCUUUCCAAAUUUUCUCAAGAAACUUUUCUUCAUGUACUUCUGAAAAGUGACAGUAGUCAUAGUGAGAGGAUGGCACAAAGACUCGGUCCUGUUUUUCCACUGUCCUGGUGGUCGUUAUGUUUCAGUAUCCAUCUAAAUUUUUAAAAGGACUGGAAGUAAGUGGCUGUCAGCAGCUGAUGCGCUGUUGUGAAAGCAGGGAUCGCGUACCACGGGGCAUCUUCCGUUAGCUGUGGUGGCAGCAGAUACAUUCUUUUUCCUUGAGUUGUGUUUGUGUGUGGACACCACUGUAAAUUUGGAACUCACAAAUUGGGGGAAUGCUGUUUUACUCUAAAUAGAAAACACUUUUAUGAGACUUUUUUUUUAAUUUAUAGUUUUCAGUCUUUAUGCACCCUGGACAAGUGUUUUCUCCUUUACGUAGUCUUUUGUGCAAAGCCUGCCCGUGUGUGAAGGAUUUACCCUUUUAUUAGAUUUUUUUUUAAACAAAAAAAAGACAUCAUAUGGUUUCAAACACCCCAUAAAAGAUCUGAACGUAUAAAGGAAAGGAAGAACAAGUUUUGUUUGUGGCAGUAGGUACCGUUCUUUUGCUGUCCACCCUGAGCUUUACAUAUAGGGUAAUGCUGACUGUGUUACUCGUGGUAUCCGUGUGAAAAGCUGCUCUGGUCCGUCCCUGUUCUCUGCUUUGGCGCUGAAAGCGAUCAGGUAGCUGGUUUGAUAAAACUAACUGAAAUUGCACAUUGCUUACAAGAGCAUGGUUUGGAUCUCCUGUAAAGCAGUAGCAAGUGUAGGAUUGUGCAGUUCCUAACGGGUUUGAAUUUUGAAGUAAAAUUUGAAGUUGCAUGAUGUCUCAUGUAGAGUUAAACAUGUUCUCAAAAGUCAGAUUUUCUUCUGUAUUUCCACAUCUUGCUUAUGAGAGCUAUUCUAAAUAGUGAUUGCUUCCUUUGUAUAUGUAGAAGUGCCUGUCUAUUUAUUGUUCAGAUGGAAGACCAAAACAUUUUCUUAAAUAUAUUUUGUGCAACAUUUUAUUUGUAUAGUGUCGUCACUCAGAUAUUUAAAUAGAGCAUGAUAUUUUAAACCUGUGAGAUGUGUAAUGUUAAAUAAAGCUAAUUGUUAUUUUUGAAUUUGAAAAAUAAAAUGUGAUUUAAA